CUCGGCAUCCGCACGAUGCACGAACAAAAGAUGCAUCGUCGGACAAUCAAUCGCCAAACAUGCGUCACUAUGCGUCACUGUCAUAGGAAACUUAACCUCAUGGCAGAGAAUUGGUUCUAUGAUGCGGAAGGGUGGAAGUGGAACUGGACAGAAUUCUGCGGACACGGUGGAAGUAUUAAGCCUUUGAAUCCGGAGACGCAUGACCUGGACGUUUGCUUCCAACAGCUUUGUCUUCAGAUACCGGUGUUAGUUCUCAUAGCUGUAAUCUCUGCAUAUCACUGCGGAAAGAGACACGCAGUCAUAACGCGACAACAGCACGUCAACUACGCUAUAAACAUAAGAAUUCUAAUCACAAUAUGCCUAGUGAUAUUGCCUAUUAUAAGGGCAUAUAUUAUUUUAACGAACACCACCAUCCCUUCGAUACGCAAUGAGGUGGGAGACCACAACACGUUAGAACCGCAAAGGUCGGCUAUUCCCUCUUCCGAGAGUAUAAAUAUCACUUUGAACGGGACAGAUAUCGUAAGGAUAGGCGACGAAUUCGAUCACGUCGCUGGGCUGGCCGAAUCACUUUUCUCACGAGACAACAGUGUGAAGAACAUUGCUGCGGUCACUGUCACACCGUACAUCGGUGAUUAUGAGGGAAAAUUAUCGAAAAUUAAGGAUCAAUUCACUUCCGCUAAACCGGUGGAUUAUCUCGUCGCGGGCACCGAAGGUUUAGCAUGGGUAGUGCAUCUCUGUUUCAUACUGAGCUUGAAACGUGGAAGACGCGGCCCCAAUCCACGAGGUCCGAUAUUAGUACGAGCACUGAUACUUCUUUUGAUAGUUAUUUCGGUGCUGCUGCUACGCAGCCACGUCAAUAAUAAGCCGAAAGACGAUGUUUUGCCGAAUUUAUCACUGGGAUUCAGUAUCAGCGUGGUGACUCUUCUGAUAUUGUAUACCAUAACACUGAUACCGGGUCCUGGUAGGCCGGAGCACUCGAGAGCAUCUUCCCGAAAUAUCACAGUAGGAGAACGCACCGCACUAUUGAAUACUCCCACCUCCUCGUACGUACAAUUCCCGGAGGAACAGGAUCCAAGCUAUCUUGGGAUUGCUAUGGAAGACACAACCAUCACCUCGAAACUCCUGUUCCAUUGGGUAACUCCGUUAAUGGAGAAAGGCGUCAAAGGAUUAUUGUGUCAUUCGGAGGACUUGUUUGAUUUACCCGACCAGAUCAGUACCAACACAAUCAGUCAUAAAAUUGACAAAUACUUGCAUAACAUGCCGAAACCUGUAAGCAACGGGAUCGAAAAUAACUCGGAAAUAGCACUUUGUCCAAACGUGAAAGUAAUUACGAAGAAAGUGACGUUGUUCUAUUUGCUGCACCAAUGCUUCGGCUGGGAAUUCUACGCGGUUGGAAUACUGAAGUUUAUCGCGGAUGUUAGCUCGUUCAUGGGCCCGAUGUUGUUGAACAAAUUGAUAGGUUUUAUCGAAGAUAAAAACGAGUCAACAUCGUACGGAUAUUUAUACGCAUCUCUUAUAAUAAUCAGCGCUAUAAUUGGUGCUUUCUGCAAUACUCACUUUACGUUUUGGAUGUCGGUUGUGGGCCUGAAGAUUCGCUCUGCGAUUAUCACUUUGGUGUACCGGAAAACACUGCAUUCCUCUAAUAUCGAUUUGAAUCAGAAUUUCAACUUCGGCGAGAUCAUCAAUUUCAUGAGCACCGACAGCGACAGACUGGUUAAUAGCUGUCCUAGCUUCCACACAUUUUGGAGCAUACCUUUACAGUUAUUCGUGACGCUUUAUCUUCUGCAUCAACAAAUCGGUGCUUCCUUCUUAGCUGGCGUCGCAUUUUCAAUAGUGCUCAUACCAAUUAACAAAAUCAUAGCUAACAAAAUUGGCAAGCUCAGCGCCAAAUUGAUGGGAUACAAGGAUCAGCGGGUGAGACUGAUGGGAGAGAUAUUGCGCGGGAUAACUACAAUCAAGGUUAACGUAUGGGAGGAGCACUUUCUACGAAAUAUUUUCAAGCUUCGUGAGAGCGAAGUGAAGUAUUUACGGGGUAGAAAAUAUCUGGACGCUCUUUGUGUCUACUUCUGGGCGACCACACCUAUUGUCGUCGCGAUAUUAACAUUCGCGACGUACGUCCUGCUUGGAAACGAACUAGACACCAAGACUGUGUUCACCAGUAUGGCGUUGUUGAACAUGUUGAUAGGACCUUUGAACGCGUUCCCGUGGGUACUGAAUGGUCUUACGGAAGCGUGGGUAUCUCUGAGAAGAAUUCAACGGAUGCUGGACCUACCGGACAUGGACGCGUUGUUGUACUAUACAGACAUUACCCCGGACGUAGAUUUGUUGCUGCAGAAUGUAACAUUCGUUGUGAGUAAUCCGAGGAGUAACGAUAUCGUUACGAACGCAAGUCCUGCAGCAACUCCAUCCUCGAGCGCUGAGAAUAAGAAAGGUGUUACUUUUGAAAGUGACGAUGUCUUCGUGUUGCACAAUAUUAAUAUGUCCGUGCCGAAGGGACAAUUAAUUGGUGUGAUGGGCAAGGUUGGAAGCGGCAAAACUCUACUCCUGGAGGGCAUUUUGGCGGAAAUUGCAAAGACCACGGGGGUCAUAGCAGUGAACGAUGAUCACAAGGGUUUUGGAUACGUGAGGCAAAAUCCUUGGCUACAACGUGGCACAAUUCGAGACAACAUUCUGUUCGGGAAACCGUACGAUCAUAAUAAAUAUAAGAACAUUUUGAAGGCUUGCGCUCUUAUGUCCGACUUGAAUUCACUGCCUGAUAAGGACUUGACGACCGUUGGUGAAGCCGGGAAUACGUUGAGCGGCGGCCAAAAAACGAGAAUUUCUCUGGCUCGUGCGAUAUACGCCGAUAAGGACAUUUACUUGCUGGAUGACGUAUUAGCGACACUGGACGUCAAAGUUGCCCGACAUGUUUUCCAGCAUGUAAUUCUGGGCCUGCUGCAAAAUAAAACCAGGAUACUGUGCACGCAUCAGACGCAAUAUUUGAUUCACGCGGAUCUGGUGAUCGAAAUGUCGAAAGGGAAAAUUAUUAAUCAAGGAAGGCCGAGCGACGUGUUGCCCGAUCUGGAAGAUUAUCUCCUGUCGAUGGAGUCCAAUGGAUCCGACUUGAACGUCCGAUCUAUGACAAUACCACCCAUCGAGUUCAAUCUCGUCGAAAGGAACGAGCUGGAUCCUUUACUUGACAAAGAGGCAGUCGAGAAAGGAACGGUGCACUUUUCGGUCUACGCGUGUUACAUCAAAGCCGUCGGGCGAUAUCUGGCUAUCUCGAUAUUGCUUUCUAUGAUUCUGAUGCAAAGCUCGAAAAACAUUACGGACCUGUGGUUGGCGUACUGGGUGACCCACACCAACGCAACGCAGACCAAUUCGACCGACACGUCGACGCCGAAAAUACCACAUCUCUAUUACGAUGAUUAUAGUUCGCGCGAUGCAAAUUAUUAUCUAAAGGUUUACAGCCUGCUGGCUGUGGCUAAUUCCGUCUUCACUCUGAUCAGGGCUUUCAUCUUCGCGUACGGUGGUUUACAGGCGGCCAUUAUGAUGCACAAACAUCUCCUGAGAACGGUCGUGCGGGCGAAGACGACAUUUUUCGACAUUCAGCCGCUCGGCAGGAUCAUAAAUAGAUUCUCAUCCGACACGUACACUGUCGACGAUUCGCUCCCUUUUAUCACUAAUAUUUUGCUCGCGCAUCUCUUCGGCUUGGUCGCUACUAUCAUCGUCACAGCUUAUGGCUUACCGUGGAUCUUCUUGGUAUUGGCGCCUCUAGUGCCUGUUUAUCACUGGAUACAGAAUCAUUACAGAUUAACGUCGAGAGAGGUGAAAAGAUUAUCCAGCGUAACUUUGUCUCCUCUGUACGCCCAUUUCAACGAGACCCUCAGCGGCCUGACGAGCAUCAGGGCGUUUCGCACUGUACCUCGCUUCAAACAGGAGAACGAGCUGUUGCUAGAAGCUAGCCAGAAGACACAAUUCGCUUCUAUAGCCGCCAGUCAGUGGUUAGCACUGAGAUUACAAUUUAUCGGGGUCACCCUAUUAGCCGGGGUCAGCGUUAUGGCGGUUUUGCAACAUCAAUACAACAUUGCCGAUCCCGGCUUGAUCGGACUGGCGAUUACCUACGCUUUGUCCGUAACCGGAUUACUGUCCGGCGUGGUGAACUCUUUCACCGAGACUGAGAGAGAGAUGAUCGCGGUGGAACGAGUGAAACAGUAUUUAGAUAACGUGCCUACUGAGAACGCGACCGGCGAUAAUCCGCCGUACGCGUGGCCUAGUCAGGGUGUUGUUGAAUUUAGAGACGUCGUUUUAAAAUACAGGGAUCACUUAGUGCCAUCGUUGAAGGAAGUAACGUUCGUGACACGACCGGCGGAGAAAAUAGGCGUCGUUGGUCGCACCGGUGCUGGAAAGAGCUCGUUGUUAGCUUCGCUCUUUCGACUGACCGAAAUUACCUCCGGCGGUGUAUUAAUUGACAACGUGAACAUUCAGGCGUUGCAACUGAAAGCGUUAAGAUCUCGCUUAGCUAUUAUACCUCAGAAUCCGUUUCUCUUCUCGGGCACCAUUCGAGAGAACGUGGAUCCACUGGAUCAAUAUACCGAUCUGCAUAUAUACAAAGCUCUGGAGAAGUGCAAAGUGCAUUCUUUAGUUUAUCGAUUAGGCGGCUUGGGCGCGGUCUUAGAUGAGGGCGGCGGUAAUCUCAGCGCCGGCCAGAGACAGUUGUUUUGUUUGGUUCGAGCUGUACUGCAUAACGCUAAGAUUGUUUGCAUCGACGAAGCCACUGCGAAUGUAGACCAGGAGACGGAUAAGUUUAUUCAAGCGACAAUAAAGUCUUCCUUCCAAAGUGCGACGGUUAUCACUAUCGCCCAUAGAAUAAGGACGAUUAUGCACUGUGAUAGAGUUCUAGUGAUGGGAGAUGGAGAGGUGCUGGAAUUCGACGAGCCAAAUUUAUUGAUUCAGAACGCCGAUUCCUACUUCUAUCACUUGGCCAGCCAGGAAUUUUCGGAUCAAGAGUGAUCAGCGCAUUACAUGAUUUCAUUACUGAUGAACACUUCGUGACGACGAUGACGAUUAUAUGUAGUAUUAUGUGACUGUACAUAGUGCAUCGUACAUGAGACGAUAUUUCCCCAGAGGCGAAUUAUUUUCAUACAUUGAACGUGACAGGAUUGCAUUCUAGAUUAAGAAUAUACUCAAAGUGUAUCAUUUAUGAGAGCGAAUAUUGUUAUUUGUGAAAUAUAUAUAUCAUGUGACAUAUUUUACCACGGGUAAAAUAUAUCUUUGCCACACACAGUAGUCAAAAUUGUGUGAGGCUUGAGGUUCCUAUUUUCUUACCGCUGUCAUCCUGACUAAUGACUCGAAAAGCAAGAAAAUACACACAGCGCCAAAAUUCUCGCGUUGAAGUAAAAAGAUAUAUGUAUGAAUUGAUCAGAUUUGUCAAAUAUUUCGAUAAUUUUCGUCUUGCAUCUCAAUGAUCAAUAAAUAGCCACAAAAUUAACGCGACGAAAUCAUAGUAGUUAUAAGAUUAGCCACAUGUCGCGUUAAUUUUACGCAUCUUUCUUUAUAUUUUAAUAUAUCUUGUACGAAUUAUUAUUAUGUAUUUUCUCACUUCGUCAAUCUAGAUGGCCGCAGUAAUGAAUCAGGAGCCUCAACUAACGUUCAUGGAGACGGUUCUGUGUAAGACGUCCAUCUCUAUUUUGUAUACGAAUAAACUUCUCUAAA